AUGCAAAAUUUAUUUUAUUCAGUACAAAAUGUUCCUCGUUUUGAACAAAUGCUAUUUCAGGAAGGUGGUAUUCCACAUUCAUUGAGACCAUUUCUAUGGCCAUUACUCUGUGGUGCUCUCGAAAAACGAUCAAAAAGCCCAUUCGUUUAUGCUAAAAUUGUGAGCAAAAGUGAAAAAGAAGGAGCACCUUCUGUGAAUGUACAAAUAGAGAAAGAUCUGUUACGAACAUUACCCAGUCAUUACUCGUUCAGUAAGGCUCAUUCACCAGGAAUUGCGCCACUUAGAAGAGUACUAAGGGCACUUGCUUUUCUUUUUCCUGAAUUGGGUUAUUGUCAGGGAAUGGGCCUGGUAGUUGGAAACCUUCUACUUGUUUGCUGUGAGGAGAAUGCUUUCUGGAUAAUGUCUUGUCUGAUUGAAGAUUUAUUGCCAUCCUCAUACUAUUCUCCAUCUCUUCUUGGAGUUCGUGUAGAUGAAAGAUUGCUCAGACAUUUGGUUCAGGUGCAUAUGCCGGAACUUACAGAAUUAAUGCACGAUCUCAAUGCGGAUAUAUCGAUGGUCAUCGCUAAUUGGUUGAUUACAUUGCUUGCUUCCGCAUUCCCGCCUCGAAUACUCUUCCGCAUUUGGGAUUGGAUUUUUGCUUUUGGAAGUUCUGUCCUUUUUCGCAUUAUUUUAUCGAUGUUAAAAUUAAAUGAAGAAAAGCUUCUAGAACGAUGGAGAAAUGCAAAGUCUUCAUCUUCUUCAGAUCCCGGUUCAGAACUUUUUGCGGCCAUUAGUAGACUAUCAUCUGAAAUUUCUGGAGUUGAAGAUCUGCUUGAGAUGGCACAUUCCUUUGAAUUUUCUGUCACUGAUCAUUUAAUUAAGGAGUUAAGGCGGAAGUAUCAGGCAGUUAUUUCAUCAGGAACACAAAUGGAUGUUAUAAUUGAUCAUGAGGACGGCAGCUUUAAUGAAGGGGCAAUCAAACAAAAAGUAACGCGCCGAAAACUACAUCGUACUACCAGCGUUGUUCGUCGUAUUUUUCAGCAGCAGCAACAUGUAAAGGAUGAUAACGAAAAUGAAGAUGACCCUCGUAGAAAGAAUAUUCGUCAAACAGAAUUAUUAUUGGAUUUGCGUAAUGCUAUAAUUCAAAUUUGUGCUCAUUUCUCUGAAUGUAAUGAAAAGGAACAUUGUGACCGACAAAUUUGUACCCAGGCUGAUUAUUCUUUGGGUUUCGAUUCAACUAAAGAACGAGAAAUUUUCUUUACCACACGAAAUGAAGUUGGAGAACGAAAAGCAAGAGCUAUAGCUGAUUUUGAACAAGAAGACGAGCAUGAUUUGGGAUUUCAUCGAGAUAAUAUUAUCCAAAUUGUUUCAACUGAAGAUGAACACUGUUGGAUAGGUGAAUUAAAUGGAAGACGUGGUUGGUUUCCCGCUAAAUUUGUCCAGGUUGUUGGAGAACAUUGUAGAAAUUAUUGCAUUAAAGGAGAUGAAGUUUUAAGUCCUCGUAUUGCUGAACUUGUUCGUGGUGCUUUUGCAUUUGCCUUUCGUCAAAUUCUUUGUCAUGGAAUCAGACAAACCAAUCGCCAUUUUGGUAUUCUCUCGUCAUCAAACGCAUCACACCCGUGGUCAUUCAUUGAGGCUGUUUCUAAUGGACUAGCUGGAACAAAAUGUGGUGGAAGCAUUGGAGAAAAAGUUGGUCAUUUGGCAGAGAACACUUCUAGACUUACAUUAUCAACAACUUUUCGGUUGGAUCAAGAUGGAAGAGUCCUUAGUCCAGAAGAAUUACUUAUAUUGGCUAUUCAUUCAAUUAAUUGUUCUCAUGAGCCUGCAAAUGCACCUCUUGAUGGAAAAUUUCGUUCCCUUGUAGUAUUUGGAUUGAAUGAACAAUGUUUACAUCUCUGGUUUAAUAUUUUUUGUCAUUCAAGUGGGCAAGAUGCUUUACGUGAACGUUAUUAUCACUCAUGGUAA